AUGUCGGAAUCACCAGUUGACAAUACAGAACCGUUUCUAAGUUUUGCAAAUCCGAACUACCAGUUCGAAGAUCGACUUAAUAGUAACAUUGGCAAUUUAUUGUCAGGUACUACAAGCAGUAGUGGACCCGGUAGCAAUCUGGUGUCUUUGGAGCAUACAAUUAGUGGGAGUCUUAAGGACCACCUUAUUUCAACUCACCCAGGAGACUUAACCGAUCGUAACAACACCACGACUACCACCCUAAAUAGCACCACAGGAACGCCACCAUCGUCUUAUAUCAACGAAGAAGAUCUCGACCUGGACAUCCACCAUUUGUCUUUCUCUUCUUCCGCGCAGUUCAACCUGGACGAAGAGAAAGAAAAUAUCGGACUGUGUGCGGACGAUAGAAGGAAUUACGACAAGUCCAUCCACCUGGACCGUGUUGAUCCCCUGCAACAACAUUAUAACACGUUGCCGUUGGCAAUUAAACAACGGAAGAGAUACGCUCAACUUGAUCUUUCCUCGAUGGGCAUUGAUUUGAGUCCUUCAGACGGGCACAACCCUUUGGCGGCUGGGCACGAGCUUGGACUCCUGAUGUCCCCUUGUGAUGGUACGGAAGAUGCAGUCAGUGACGAUGAUGACACCAGUGGCACCUACGAGCAGUUGGAGAAAGACCCCCUCUUAGUUUACAAGGACGACGAUGACGAUGAAGAGGAGGACGAGGAGGACGACGAUGAUGACGACGAUGAUGAUGAUGAGGAUGAGGAAGACGAAGAAGGCAUGGGCGUAUAUGAAUUAGAUGAGGAAGAUGAUGAUGAGGUUGGUUAUCCAGAGCAGGAUGAUUACGAUGAUGAUGAUGAUGAAGAAGAUGAAGAAGAAGACAAUAGGUUGAAUGAAGAUGAGAGACGCCGAAAAAAUAUCAAAGAAAAUUUGAGUAUGUGUAUGCAGCAGGUGGAAAUUGUCGGCAUGACCACAGCUGGUGGUAUUGGUUGCAACCGGGAUUUGAACUCCCUUUCAGAUGAGAAGCCUCGAAGCUUUCUUGAAUAUUACUCCUUGUUAGAAGCUAAAGCACGUGAACGUCAGGAACGAGAUGACAUCAACGAGGCUGAUCAGUUGGAUAGCACAGAUGUAAACAUUAUCCACAAAGCUGAUGUAUGUGAUAGUCAGGAUGAAGAUGAUGAUGCUGAAGAAGUGGAAGAAAUCGAAGAUGAUGAGGAUGAAGAAUAUGAGAAUACUAAGGUGAUCUCGUUUGAAAAGUCGAAUAAUCUGAAAAACGAGCAGUACAUCAACUCUCCAGAUUCUCACGACAGUGGCAUCCAGUCUGACACACGGUUGGACGAGAACAUCCUGAAUAUUCCAUCUGAAAUUACCCGCAUCCCUUCAGGUGAAAAGGAUUGCUAUGAGAAAUUCAAUGAUGAGAAACUUGGCCUUGAUGACUGCAAUGACAUCGAUGAUGAUGAUGGCGUUCAUGCAGUGGACGAUGACGUAGAUGAGGUCGACAAUGUUAAAGAUAUUGAAGAUGAUGAUGAAGAGGAGGAGGAUGACUAUGAUGAUGAUGAUGAUGAUGACCAAGACUCUGUUGAGGAAAAUAACUCUGAGACCCUAACUGAUAGUAAAAUGGACUCUGAGGAGAACACACCUGUUGAACAGCUGCCUCAAGGUUGGGAGAGGCAUGAAGAUGAAGAUGGACCCUAUUAUUGGCACAUUCAAAGUGGGACGAUUCAAAGGUCUCCUCCACCACCACCUUCGCCUGGACAGUUGGAAACAAAGCGAUCAAACUCCAACUCUAGUGACAGUAGCCAGGCAUCAGCUCCCAGCUCGGUGCCUUCAAGCCCAAACAGUACCAGUUCUAACACAGAAGAGCAUCUGCAGGCAUUUGAAAGCCAUGUGCUUAAAUAUGCAGCCAAAUCCUUGCAAUCUCUGUGUUCCAGUACUGAGAAAUCUCCUGUACCAGUAAGAAAGUUCUCAAAACAUGAGCCAGUACGGUUUGCUGUCAGAUCUUUUGGCUGGGUAUGUAUCGCCGAUGAUGACCUGAGUCCAGCCAAAAGCAGCAAGGCCGUUAAUAAGUGUAUCUUGGACCUUUCACUUGGACGUAAUGACCUCAACGACGUCGUCGGCCGCUGGGGCGAUGGCAAGGAUCUUUACAUGGACCUUGAUGACCACAGCCUACGUUUGGUGAGCCCAGUUGAUGAGACUAUCUUGAAUAUUCAACCCAUUCACACUAUUCGUGUGUGGGGAGUCGGACGUGAUAAUGGACGAGAUUUUGCUUACGUGUCUCGAGACAAGACGACCAGAAAACACAUGUGCCACGUGUUCCGCUGUGACUCGCCGGCCCGAGAAAUAGCUAACACUCUCCGUGACAUCUGCAAGCGGAUUAUGCUAGAGCAGGGCCUUCAGCAGAACGCUAACAUGAAUCGGCUAAACCGACCCACAGACCUCCCUAACCUGGAAGGAGGUGGAAAUGGUACUGGGCAGCCGAAUGGUCAGAAACUCACUUUCCAAAACCUUUACAAUAACACUUCAUUCCCAACUCCAAUGGAGGAGCCGAAAAAGGUGAUUCGUUGUCACUACCUUGGUUUCAAGGAGGUGUUUAAAGCCAGUGGCAUGGAUACCUUAAACAAUGCUAUUGAGAGCUUAUAUACUAAAGUACCCCCAGAGAUGUGGGUGUUUGUUAAUGUUGCCAUUGCUCCUUCAACCAUCACUAUCUCCGAGCACAGCAACCCUGAUAAGAAGAUUGAUGAAUGCCGGGUUCGAUUCCUAUCUUUCAUGGGCAUUGCCAUGAGUAACAUCAAGCUCUGUGCUUUCAUCAUGCAUACAGCUGAGGAUCAGUACUUUGCGCAUGUGUUUCAUUGUGAGCCCUCUGCGGGUCCCCUGUGCAAGACAAUAGAAGCAGCUUGCAAGCUGAGAUAUCAGAAAUGCCUUGAUGCUCACCCCCAGACUCCGACAUCACAAAACUCCCAGAACAAGAGUCUGGGUGCCAGCAUUAGAAAAGGUGUUAAAUCCAUUGUGAAUUCCAUUUCCCACAAGUACCGGCCUCCCAAGUGA